UACUAUUUUAUAAUCUUAUACUGAUCGUAUGAGAUCUGUAUUUUUUCGAUAAUUUAUGUAAAUGUCAUUUACCAUCUAUUUUAUACGAAUAUGGGAUUUAUUUACUGCAUUUUUAUUAUUAUGAAGCGAAUAACUAUUUUUAAAAAAUGAUAAUCGCGUGCGUGUUUUAAACGAACUCAGUUAGAUCUAUUAAAAAUAUCUGCUUCAUGGAAUUUCCUCCAAAGUUAUAAUUAUAUGAUCAAUGGAAGAAAUGAAGCGACUUUUAUACUUGAAACAAACACAUGCAUUUUGUUCUGCGGAGAGAAAGGAUUAAUGGAAAAUAAAACGAAUAUUUCUGCGGAAUAUGAUGUUGGCUCUGAUAAUCAACAGCUUGUUAUAUAUUAUGGUGUUAACGGAUUUGGAAUUUCAUGGACUUAUCUUGUCAUACAUAUUGCUUUAGCAUCAGUAGCAUUUGUUGGAAUUGCACUUAAUUCAUUUACAUUAUGGGCAUUACGCGGGAAGGAUUCUGGAUUAGACGUGUCUAUUAUAUUCAUAUCCAACUUAGCUGCGAGUGACAUCAUCAAUGACGUCAUGUGUAUAUAUUUGGUAUUUUACAACCUUAUACACUACAAAAAUUAUUACGAAUGUGCCUUUCGAACCGGUGUUAUAACUGGCAUUAAUUUUAAUUCAGCUUUACAACUUUUAGCCUUAACUCUGGAGCGUUAUUUUAAGAUAAUUCACCCGUUUAAAUAUGUAUCAGUGUUCAAAGACAAAACUGCCAAGUUGUUCUGCGCAUGCGCUUGGAUUCUAUCAACCAUCUUAUCUCUCCUUCCUCUUUUUGGCUUGCGACAGCCGCCGAGUCAUGGAAUAGAAUAUUGUAGCUUUUUCGGCGUACUGACAGACGAAUAUCUGAUACUAACGACUGCAUGUUUUUAUUUGGUCAUGCUCAUAUCAGUCUUGUGUUACUACAAAAUAUUGGCGGCGUCGUUUGCACAAUCAAAGAAAUGUUUAAAUAAACAGGCAACGAAACAUUUAUGGUGGAAACCAACAAAAACAGUCCUGAUCUUGUUCCUGUUUUACUUUGCUUGUUGGAUACCAUUAAGUGCUUGUGUCAUACUACAUUUAUCGGACGGAUUUCCGGCAAACUACACGAAUGAUAUGAAAGGAACAGUUCUUGCCUAUUGUUCAUCCCUGGUGUUUCUGGAUACCAUAGUCAACCCGCUUAUAUACGCUCUAAAAAUCCAAACAGUAAAAUAUAAACUGAAACAACUGAUGUUCUGGUGUAAGCCACCUUCUAAAACUGGCGACAUUUCUACAUUUAAGAUGGACAGAUUUGAUAGCUGCACCAGCGACAUACAUGUUUGUGCAUAGACUCUAUAUUACUACAUACAAUCUAUAUACAUACCGUAUAAAUCUAUAUACAGUAUGAAUCUAUAUGCCGUAUAAAUCUAUAUACCGUAUAAAUUUAUAUACCAGAUUCAAACUAUUUACCGUAUAAGUCUA